AUGAAAACAGACCAAGAGUCGGAUGUCGGUGUAGGCACUGAGGUUCCUUCAUCGGAGAAACCUGCAUCUAGCGCGCCUCCCGAGCCCGUCGACGCUCCCCCCGAUGGCGGACUCGACGCGUGGUUGUCCGUCGCCUGCGCAUGGCUCAUCAGCUUCAUGACUUUCGGAAUUGUCAACAUUUGGGGCGUUCUCCUCAACGCCUACGUCAACGCUCCCUCGUCCAGAUUCAGGGAUCAGAGUCUUGCCAGAAUUGGCUACGUCGGCGGGUGCGGAGUGGGCUUCACGUUUGCUGUCGGCCCGCUGUCCAACUUGCUCGUGACUCGGUUUGGCAUGCGUGCUACAAUAUCAGUAGGCGUCAUCGUCGUCGCGGUGGCCUUCGAGCUGGCGUCCAUAUCAACCAGUUACUGGGAGCUCCUUCUGUCGGAAGGCAUACUAUUCGGUAUCGGAUCGUCCUUGGCAUACAUCCCGGCCAUUGGCCUGCCCUCGCAGUGGUUCGCAAAGCGUCGCAGCCUUGCAACGUCCAUCGCUAGCUCUGGAAGCGGCAUCGGCGCAGUGAUCCUGUCCCCCGUAAUCCAAGCCCUCAUCAACCAUGUGUCUAUCGAGUGGGCUUUGCGAUUCAUCGGCUUCCUCUGCUUUGUCUUCGGACUUGGUGGCGUCGCAUCCGUCAGGUACCGCACGGCCGGGCGGGGAAUACAGUACAGGGCGUACGACUGGAGCAUCUUCAAGGUCCCCGGUUACAACCUGUACCUCAUGUUCACAUUCACGCAAUUCUUUGGCUUCGGGACCCCUCUGUUCUUCAUCCCCAGUUUCUGCACCGCGAUCGGUAUAUCGGCGACAAACUCUUCUGGCGUUAUAUCAGUCUCCACCGCCGCGCAGGUCAUCGGACGAGUUGCAGCUGGGUAUCUGGCCGACCGCGCGGGGCCCAUCAAUAUCCUCGGGCUGUUCAACUUCUGCAUGGGUCUGACGUGUAUCAUCAUCUGGUACUUCGCGACGAACCUUGGCGUGAUGAUGGUGUUCGGCAUCUUCUACGGAUUUUUCUCUGGAGUCUUUUGGGCUCUGUCAGUCCCGGUUACCGCGAAGAUAGUCGGACUCGAAAAGCUAGGUACAGCGGUCGCCGUGCAAUUCUUGGCUGUCGUGAUCCCUCCUAUAUUCACGGUACCCAUCGGUUCGCGGAUCAUCGGGGCCACUGCGGCACACUUGGAUGUUAGCCAAGAGUCGCGCGAAGCAUACAAGUAUCUGAUUGUGUAUUCCUUCCUGAUAUCUACCGUGUCCUCGCUUUUUUUGCUCCCCGUCCGUUUGCGCUUUAGCAAGAGAUUGAUAGCCAAGGUGUAG